GUUCAGAUGUGGUGGACUGGCUCCACCGUAAUGUGGAGGGUUUCACCGACCGCCGCGAAGCUCGCAAAUAUGCGGGAAACCUGCUGAAGGCCGGUUACAUCCGCCACACUGUCAACAAGGUGACCUUCUCUGAACAGUGCUACUACGUGUUCGGAGACCUCUGUGGAGAUCUGGGUUUGCUGACUCUGGAUCAGGAUGAGGACUCCAGUCGAGCAGGAGGGUCAGACUGUGACCCGCUGGGUCCGGCUCCGGGGCCCCAGUGGCCCCCGGCCUUCCCUUACCAGUACCCGGUUCCUCACCCAUACAGCUCGCCUCACCUUCUCCACCAGCCGCUGGCCUGGGGGGGGGCAGGAGCAGGACCAGGAGGAGCAGCAGGAGGAGCAGCAGGAGGAGGAGCAGGAAGAGGAGCAGGAAGAGGAGCGGGGAGUCAGCUCAGUGAAGGAAGUCGCAGCAGCGGGUCAAACUGUAGUGAUGGUCUAAAGGAGGCGGGAGGAGCCAGCCAAUCAGAGUCCACCAAGCAGGAAGUGAGCGCUCUGCCCAACAAACAGCCAGCCACAGGUUCCCCGGGCGACGAUGUCACCCGCCGACCCCUGACCUCCCACUGUGACUCAGAAGCCCCCUCGCCACCCAGAGGUCAGCGCCGUGACCUCUCUGCUCCCCGACAGUCCUUCUGCCUUGCCAUGGGGAACGCCGGUGACUUCUUCGUGGACGUCAUGUGACCCCACGAUGACGAAAGCGCCUUCCUGUUUGAAAAUGACACGUUUAAAGUUUGAAAAAAAUCUUGAAAUCUUUGAACUCGUUCAGGGACGUUUUUUUCAUUAAAACCUGCUGACCUGCUGCGGCGAGUCACGCCCUCAGACCUGCUGCGGCGAGUCACGCCCUCAGACCUGCUGCGGCGAGUCACGCCCUCAGACCUGCUGCGGCGAGUCAUGGGUGGAGCUGGAGGACAGAGCUGGAGGACAGCAGGAGGUCUGGAGAACCCGGCUGAGUAACCUGGACCUGACAACAUGAGACGGUUGUCCCU